AAUUAUCGUUAAUAUCAGGACAUUAGUCGCUUUGGGAUGAACGGUGCGCAGUUUGUGGCGAUCUGAACAGUCGAAAUCAGUGAAAAUUGUGUCGAUUUUAGUGUUGUCGAGCGACUUAAUGGAUUAUCUGAAGAGGUGCGCGAUCGAGAUUACUGCUGAAAGGCUUGUUGGCUCCUUUUUUUUCUACAGUGAUAACAAGUUUUCAGUUUGUUAGAUAUGAGCUAGUCGGUGAUCGAUACUUGUCUGGACUCGCUUGCGUACGAGAAUCAAUAACCUCGCAGUUGACAGGAAAAAAAGAAACGGAUACGACGCGGUCUCAAAAGAUUGAGACACAUCAGCAAAACGUAGAUUAAUUUAUUACGUCCAUUCAGAAAACAUACGUCUACCCGUUGUUUCUCCCGUAUCAGUAACCGCGCGGAAAAAAGUGAUGCAUGAAAAGUCUCGAUAUUACCAGGCACGUGUCUGUAUUGGAGUAAGAGCUACUCUGUGUGUAUGUGUGCCAGGUGCACUGUUGCAUCCCUCUGAUGAGAGCCAUGCACCGUUUAGACCAUAGCCAUAAUGUCAUCCCGAAGGCUACUUCUUAGUAAUUCACAAAGGGUUCACUCUUCCGUGAAGUACAGCGCAUGGAUACUUUCCAGGCAAUACCUAGCACGUACCUUGCUAGAGAAAUAUUUGUGGUAGAUCCUCGAUGAAUCAAGAGUAUGGCUUCUGGUGCGUCUUCCUUGGAUAGUGCUGGAAGUAGUGGUACAGAUUUAAAUGGAAAGUUUGAUCUAAUAAUUUCAAUGCUAUUAAAAAAUGGUUUAUUUUAAUUUUAAACUCUACAUCAAAAGAAACAAUAAUGGAAGCAGCAAUAUUCUAUCUAUAUCUAAAUGGAGCACUCAAUAUGGAAAGAGAUAGUGGAGGCUAUGGCAGUGUUGGCAGUCCUGUUGGUGGGCCUGAAUGUCGUAGUGAUUAUGAUGGUUUGCAAGCUCAAUGUGAUCAAGCCAUGCAUCAGCUUCAGCUACUUAGGCAUAAGCACUCCGAUACUAUAAGACGGUGUGAACAUACUAUGAAGGAAUUGGAAUACUACAGGGGACAACAUAUAGCAGUCAUGAAUCAAUUAGAGGCAACGUCACAAGAAAGUUCCGCACUGCGGGGCAAAUAUGGAGAUUUAGUAAAUGACAAGCAACGCCUAGAUCGGGAAGUCCAAGCGUUGCAAAAGGAAGUGUCUGAAUUAAGGUGUCAAAAUCAAGAAGUUCUUGUUUCUGAUGCUAGUAAUAGUGACACUAUGAAUCAGCACUAUUUAUCUGCGCUUCGAAAAUAUGAAGCCGUUAAAGACGAGUACGAUGCCCUUAGGAAACGGUACGAUGAUUUAAUAUCAUCGCAUUCAUCGGCCGUUAAUAAGUUGGAAUUAUCUCAAGAAGAGGCUGCCAGGUUAAAAAAACAAUAUGAUGAAAUUGUUCAAGAACGUAAUAGCGCAGUUCGCGAGCGUAAUGGUUUAAAACAACAGUGUACUGCUGCCAUUAGGCAGUGGGAUAUUGCAUUAAGGGAAAGAAAUGAAUAUCGUGAAGCCUUAGCCAAAGUACAGCAACAACACGAAGAAGCAGUGAAGGAAAUUAAUCAUGCAAUGGUACUACGCAUGAAAGCUAGUAAGGAUAUGAAACGAUUAACAGAAGAAAGAAAUGCUGCAUUACAAGAAUACAGUUUAAUUAUGGGCGAGCGCGAUACAGUGCAUAAAGAAAUGGAAAAACUUGGUGAUGAUCUUACACAAGCAUAUACAAAAAUCACACAUUUAGAAAAUCAGAAUAAACAAUUUAUAGAAGAGAAAAAAGCUUUAUCCUAUCAAAUUGAAACUUUAAGAAGAGAAAUUUCAUCCGCUUUGCAAGAUCGAGACGAUGCUUUAAAACAAUGUAACGAAUUACGCCAAAAGUUUGGUGAUUAUUCUGAAGGCUCAAACAGGGAUUAUAAAAAUCGUAUGGAAUUACACUCAUAUAAUCGUGAACGAGAUAAUUCGAACAAAGAAGCUGAAAGAGAAAAUAACACUACAGAUUACACUAAACGGGAUAAGGAACGUAUGGAUAACUUGGAUCAAGCUAACUUGGAAUUAGAUAAACUUAGAAAAUCUGUUGAUAAAUUGCAAGCAGAACUCGAAGAAGCCCUCCAAGAAGCAGAAGUAUCAAAACGAAGAAGGGAUUGGGCUUUCAGUGAAAGGGAUAAAAUAGUUUUAGAAAGGGAAAGUAUUAGAACUCUCUGCGAUAGAUUAAGAAAAGAGCGUGAUCGUGCUGUUUCGGAACUAGCGGGUGCUUUACGUGAUUCUGAUGAUAUUAAAAAGCAACGGAACGAAGCAUCGAAAGAAUUAAAGGAUCUCAAAGAAAAGAUAGAAUCUGGUGAUCAUGCGUUAAGAGCAAGUCAAUUUGCACAAAGCUUAGCGCAUGCACAUGAUUCGGCGAUCGAUACUGAUGUUAGUGACUGGGAAAUUCUUACUAUUCACUUAGAUCUUAGUCGAGUUUGCUUAGAUUCUGAUCGUGAUUUGGGAUUGACAUUAGUUGGAGGUCGUGAUAAUCCAUAUUAUCCAAACGAUACAGGAAUUUAUGUUGCUCAAGUAACAUCAGGAAGUGCUGUUGAUGGUAAAUUAAGAGUGAAUGACUGCAUUAUGCGAGUAAACAAUGUAGAUUGUACAUCUGUUUUUACGCGUGUAAUUAUGGAAACUUUACGUACCUGUUCGGUGGGAUCAGCUACAUUAACGAUAAGGAGACGGCGUUUAACUAGAAGGUCAUUAAGGACAACGCAAUUGCCUGUUGGUUCAGUUCCUCAUGGUAUUUCUUUGGAGCUUGGAGUAUACAUUUCGAAGAUUUCACCGGGUAGUUUAUCUGCUAAAGAUGGCAACCUCGCUGUUGGAGAUAGAGUUUUAAAUAUUAAUAGUAAACCAAUGGAAGGCAUUAAUUCCAGCCACGAAGCGAUGGCAACUUUGAAUGAUACAAGUACGGAUGUGUUAACUAUUACGACUCUGAAAGGAAUACCAUUGCCUUCAGCAACUAGUUCUGAGACUAUGACCAUUGAUGGUAGCUUUGGUACUGAGAAACAAAAAAUGGUGAAUAGUUGUUCUCAAACAGAACAAGAAAGAAUAUUGUUAAAGAUUCCAUCGGACGAUUAUGAAAGGAGACACGUUGCUUCGAACUUUGGUGAUAGAAGUGUUUACAAAGUUUCGAAAUCCGUUAGUGGUGAAAAACCAAGUGGAAUUAGCAAUGCUUGGGACAAUAUACGAGAGAAGAUUGAUAUAGUACGAGGACGUAAACAUAGCAAAGAUCGGGAGGAGAAGAAGAAACGACACCGCAACUCGAGUCCAAAUACCUUUGAGCAAGAGCAAGAUGCAAUAGCGGAAUUAGAUUCAGUAAUAGAGAGCUACCACAAGAAAGCGAAUAAUGGAGUACUGAAACGAAGUAAGCGACGCGGAACCGAAAAGGUUGAGAAAAAUGGAGGUACGUGGCCGAAAGCCAGAGGUGGACCUCUGAUUCAAAAUGGUACUGGUACUAUUUUACAUCCACGUAAGACAAAAGAAAGGUUGCCCUUAAGUGUACUCCUUAAUCAACCACCAAAGUAUGAAAGUUAUAAUUAUAAUCGUAUUUCUAAUCCUAUACCCUUAACCAAUUUUUCCAAUAUGAACAAUCGGCAUACGGUUUAUAAACCUGUAGAAAAACCAUUACCAAAUUUCCUUAAAACUGGACCGUUAUUUAGUCAGAAAUCCUUUACUCCAGUGGUGCAGUUCAAAGAUAUCCCGAUAGAUAAGAAACCAGCAACCGAAUUCGAGAAUACGGAAAAUAGACUCAGUUCUACGCUGACACCAUCUGAAACUAGCAUCGAUUUUUCCGUGAAGUCUGGAAAUACGGGAAAAGAUGUAGAAUAUUUUUCGAAGAAAAGAACGCAAAAGUAUACUCCUAGCAACGAAAGUCAAGUAGACACACUACAGCAUAAUAGAGUGCAAUCUCAACUUUAUUCCGGGGCUGGAUCAUCAACUUCGUCGACUAGCGGCACGAGACAGCAGUUGACUGGUAAUUUUUCAUUUCCUCCCUAUACGCAUUCGCAUCCGCAUCCCCAUCAACAAAAUUCUUUACCUUCGAGAUACCCUUCCCCGCCGUCUUUGCCGUCUGCACAGUCUGGGGAGUCAAUAGGACUACCCGAUGCACGAUCUUAUGGUUUUGAACCUUCAUAUAGCCCCGGCCCGCAAACAGGAUUCGGGCAUUUGCACACACCCUCUGUAGAUUUGCAUUACCACAAAUCUCGCGCUCCACCGAUUGGCACUACAUACGACGUACCAGCGUACACACAUGGCUACGAAGGUGGAACUUUUCCAAGAAAGAAGGAAAAUCAACGUUUUCGAAUACCAUCAAAUCCUAGUGUGACUUCAAAAAGCAGUGUGGGUAAAUUAUCUACUGGCAGUAUAGAAAGAACUUCAGAAAGAGGCAGUCCGAUGCCAACAUUCCACGUGGAAGUACUUAGUCCUGGUACCGGUAGCGGAAAUAGCUCUGGUGGAACUGUCAGAGGAAGUAGUGGCAAUAAACGGUCCAGCAUGCCGGACUAUUGCUACUCUCAACCUAGGCCAGCACCUGGAGAACUUCGCAGAGUUCACAUAGACAAGUCAGUUGAACCUUUAGGUAUCCAGAUUUCUUGCUUAGAGAGCGGCGGUGUAUUCGUUUCCACUGUUAGCGAGCACAGCUUAGCAUCUCAAGUCGGUCUUCAAAUCGGUGACCAGUUGCUUGAAGUCUGUGGUAUCAAUAUGAGGAGUGCUACUUAUCAACUUGCUGCCAAUGUGUUACGUCAGUGUGGUAAUUCCAUUACGAUGCUGGUGCAGUACAGUCCAGACAAAUACAAUGAGUUAGAAGAAGGCUCUGCUUCUUCGAGUUCAUCAGAAGCUGGUGGUGCUGAAGGAGGUAGUCGUAGUGGAUCACCCACUCCAUGUAAUAGCCCUGAAGCUCCUAGAAAAACAACUAUUGAGUCAUUGGAUAGCUCAGAACCUGAACGUGACGCUUCUACUAGUUUAAGUACAAUACGCGAUACUUCCAAUACCUUGACUAUUAUGCGCGAAACUUCAAAUACUUUAGAACCACCUCGUACAAUUCGAGAAAGAGAUAUCAGAAAUUCUGCUUCAUUGGAAGUACCAAGUACGCAACAGAGAGAACGAGAAAUUAGAGCAUCAGCAUCUUUGGAUAUUAAUAUCAGAAAACCGGAACUUCGUAGUUCAGCUACGUUAGAUAAUAUGCGUAAUUCUGCAACUCUUGAUACAUUACGUGGUACUGCUAAUACUCUUACACGCGCACAGCUUAAUGUAGCGACCACGUUGCAACGACAAAAUGCAACUGUAAGAAGUCCGACACAAGAAGAACAAAAUCGUAAAAGCCCACCACCAAGUGAACCGAGGUAUCUUUUUAUCGAAACAAGGAAAUGUUCGAAUUUAGGUAUUUCCCUUGUUGGUGGUAAUGGUGUUGGAAUAUUCGUACACUCGGUACAACCAGGUUGCCUCGCGGAAGAUGCAGGAUUACGUCCCGGUGACCGUAUCCUAGAAUAUAAUGGUGUUGAUCUCAGACAAGCAACCGCAGAACAAGCUGCUUUAGAAUUGGCUAGACCAGCAGAUAAAGUAACGCUGAUUGCUCAAUAUGUACCUGAAAGGUAUAACGAAGUAAAGGAUAAACCUGGAGACAGUUUUUAUGUGAAAGCAAUGUUCGAUCGAGUAGGCGAAGUUGGAGAUAGCCUACAACUUAGGUUUAGUAAAGAUGAUAUUUUAUACGUCGAUAAUACAAUGUUUAAUGGUACUCCGGGUCAUUGGAGAGCUUGGAUAGUUGAUCAAGCUGGAAGAAGACAAACUUGUGGUAUAAUUCCGAGCAAAUUCAAGGUCGAAGAAGAACUGCUUUUGCGACGUUCGUUAGGCGAUUUAGAAACGGAUACUACUAGAAGAGGUAGCACGAGCGCAAGAAGAAGCUUUUUUCGCCGAAAGAAACAUCAACGUUCUUCUAGUAGGGAUAGUAAAGAAUUAUCACAUCUUACGGGAGUAAAUUUGGGUUGGUAUAGUGAUAGUGGAACACUAAAUGAAGAAACUCUUCCAGCAAGUUAUCAACGCGUUGAAAGAUUGGAUUAUCCAGCUUUAAGACCUGUGUUGAUCAUUGGACCGUUAAGCGAAUGUGUAGUGACAAAACUAUUACAAGAAUUUCCAGGACAGUUCACUAGGUGUCUCGCAGAAGCCAUGCACUGUUCUCAAGCGACGCUCGAACAAGGUUUGCGCGAUUCGCUUUAUGUGGACUAUAGAAAAAAAGGAAGCUAUUUCGAGUGUACCACAGUACAAGCUGUCAAGGACAUCUGUGAGAAGAAUACUCAUUGCAUAUUGGAUGUAUCAAUUGCGUCGAUCGAGCGACUUCAUCGACAUCAGAUAUAUCCUAUAGUUUUGUUGAUUAAAUUUAAAAGUACCAAACAAAUAAAGGAAGUCAAAGAUUCCAGAUACCCAAGCGAUAAAGUUAGUGCCAAAGCGGCCAAGGAGAUGUAUGAACAAGCAUUAAAAUUGGAAGCUGAGUAUAAACAUUAUAUUACUGCUGUAAUACCAGCUGGAGUAAAUGUCGCGUACAUAUGUACUCAAGUAAAAGCUGCAGUAGAUGAAGAACAAAGCAAAGCGCUGUGGGUCCCUAGAGGACCUCCCUGACAUUUAAGGGGGGGUCCCCACAAACCACAGUGGAAAUCAAUCUAAAUUCCACCAGGGGGCCCUUACGUCGUACGAUUGUAAAAUUGUUACAAGUUUGUUUAUUUAUGGUCUCUUAUUUGUCACGACAGUAUGCAGGAAUUUCAGUUUUUCUUUUCAUGGUUCCAUUACUACGAUCUUUUUAAUUAUUUUUAUUUAUUUCGUUAUUGUAAUGCAAUUAUGCAAAGUUUUUAAUGUCUUUUUUAUCUUUCUUUCUUUUUUCAUUUAUCUUUUACUUUGAAGUUUGAUACAAAUUAUAUAAUUUAUUUUAAUAAGCUUUGUCAUAAGUAUUUUAAUAAGUAUUUCACUAUUUCAGCAAAUAUUUGAUGCUAUUUAAACAACACUGACAUUUCCUAUAAAAUAUUACGAGAUAAACAAGACUUCAUAUAAAAACCUUAAUAUUUAAACAUAUCAUGCAGUUAACAUUCAUAUUAAAAAAGAAGAGAAACAAACAGUACAUUUUAUACAAAUUCUAUCUUAUAUUUUCAACUUUAAUUUCCCUGAUUUUUACUUUCCUUAUGAAAAUGACACUAUUGAUGUUUCAAUAUUUCACUUUUAUGGAAAAAAUCAGCAUAGUGUAGCUUCAACAUUUAAUUUCCCUUAAAUCAACAGACAUGUGCAAGAAUUAUUCUUCAUGCUUCAUAAAAGUUGAAAACUUUGCUUGCUGCUUCGAACCUCGAUCGAUCAUAAUUUCCCAAUAAGGUAUGCAACAAUGUGAAAAUUAUCUAUUGCAAUUAGCGUGAGACCAUAAAUGAAUUAAUGUAGCAAGUAAAAAUAUUCAUCGUAUUGUGGCCCGUAAAACAUUUGGUGGAUAAAUGUAAAGUUCAUUAGUUAGUAAAUAAGUCUCAGCCAUUCAAUGCUUGGCUGAUGUUGUUAACCCCUCAGAUCACUUCGUUGUACAGAAUAAUUUUGCGUGAUUAGUAUUAUUGUACAGAGGAUGUUAUAAAUUAAAAGAGGUUACUUAUUUGUAUAUAAUUUACUUAUGAAACUUAUGGAUUAUAUGUUUAUUAAUUUUUAGUUUAGAUGAAUCCUUUAAUUAUAUGCUUAAAUUUAAGUGAUAAUACUUUAGUCAUUGUUUUAUAAAACUGUUUAUAAUCCAUUUGUUGAAGUUGCGUAGCAAUUGGUUUGAGGGGUUAAAAUUUUAAUGUCGUAGAUCGAGGAAUUAAAAAAUGUAAAGAAAUUGAAUACGGAAUUGACAAAAAAUGGAUUGUUUUUGCCAUUUUUUAAAUUUGUAAAUAUCUGAAAUGAUAAUAAGCAGUAGAUAUCCGCAACACAGAGAAACUCAAUAUAAAACGCUCGUAACGAAACGUAUGAUGGAGUAUGUUACUGCUUUUUUACUUCUGUAGUUCGAAUUAUUUUACGAAUUUACACUGUAAUGUUUUUAAAUCGAGUUUAAGACGCUUUGUAAGGUGCAGUCAUAUUUUUGAACACAUUUAAAAUGCGAGUACGUAUCAUUACGUAUCUACAUUCAGAAUUCAGUACAUAUUUCUUAUUACAUUUUUAAACAUAAGGGUGACAUACAUUUUUUAAAUAAUUUUUACUGUUAUUAUCUUAAAAUUAUAUUUAAAUUGCCAUUUCUUGCUUUCUUUUUAAACAUUUUGGUAAAUAUAACGGGAUCUUUUAUAUUGUUUUCAAUAUCUGGAUGUAGAUACAAGUUUCAUAUAUACAUAUUACCAGAAAAAAUUAAGAGUACAUUAAAUGAAAUAGCUAAAAGAAAUAUCUAUCGUAAAAGUCUAGUAACGAUGCUUCGAUACUUAAAUAUAUAAUCUUCUUUUUUGUUCGAAACGAAGCCUUUCUAAUUUCGAAAGAGGCUUACGUUCUUUAAUGAUAUCGAUGAAUAUCGAAUAUCAAGUUUAGUAACAAUUUGUACGUACAGAAAGAAUCCAGUAAGAGUGGAAGACAAACAAAUGACGUUAAACAUUGCUUUUUGUAAAACAGAAAUUUAGUUUUCUAACAAGACAAUAUUUAGGCGUAAGUUAUCAAAGUGAGACCAAAAAUUAAAAGAAUAUUAUGCUAAUUCAUAAGGAUUACAAUUAAAUUUAUUCGUAUCGUUAGCGUCGAUAUGCUUAAUGCGGAAGUGUAGAUAUAUACUUUUUGAUACGUUGCGAAAUCAUCGGUACGAAUUUCGUAAUAAAAAAGGCUCAAAAAGAAAGAAAAAGGGGAAAAAUUAUGAAUUAUAAAAAGUGCCGUACACACUUGGCAGCUUCUAAUAACAAGGAAUUAUUGUAUUUCGCACCCAAGGUAAAUACUCUGAAAGGCUAUCGUGGACAAUCUAGGCGUUAAAAUUAGGAAUUUACUAGCGAACUAAUAUAACAAAAUAUUUUCGGGAAAAAAUAUUUAAUUCUUAUUCUUUUAAUAAGUAGAGAGGAUAUGAUAAUAUAUAUGUGUGUACAUUUAUAUAUUGCAUAUAUUUGUACACACAUAUGAAUCUUGAACGUUAUACAUGUGUAGGGUGAAGUAAAUUAUUUAAAUCGACAAUCUUAAUUAUAUUUUAUAUGACGAUAUUACAAACGUACAAUACUUAUGAGAGUAAUACAUUAUAUUUUUUUUAUAACGAUUUUAUUUUUCCUAAUUUAUUUCGGCAUUGUUCUAAUUGAAAAUUAUAACAAAUCUGUUUAUUUUUUGUAAGAAUGGCAGUAUUUUCUUUUCAAUGUUGAAUUGACGAAAACACGAUUGAGAUACUUAAUUCUAAAAAGAAAAUAACAAAACAUUAGAAUAUGGAUAUUUUUUUUAGUAUAUGUAUAGUAUCUACGUAAUAUGUAGUGCAAAAUGAAUAUUAAUUCUAAAAAAAUAUCCAAAUCGUAAAUCGCACCUUGAAUAAUAUAUUUCUUAAUUAAAAUUAAGUAUAAUAUAAUCGAAGAGUAAACCGUAACUUCAUAAAAUUUUGUUAAUUAUUGCAAUUGUGUCAUAUUGAAUAAUCUUUUAGAUGGAACGAAACAAUAAAACUCUCACCUUACAUGAGAAUCUUGUAUAACGGGCAAGAUUCCUUUAUGGAGAGUUAAAAGGUUUCUUUUCUCCCAUAGCUUGAUACGUCUACAACUAUCCUAUUUUAAAAAACAGAAACUAUCGAUAUUUAAAUUAAACAUAAUUUCUGUGCGGUACAAGAUGAAAAAUUAAGAUAGGUCGAGGGCGAAGUGAAAUGCCAAAAAUAACAAAAAGAGAAAGAAGAAAAAAAGAAAACAGUAUCGAAGGAGGAGGGAGAAAAGAUUAAUUUUGUAUUAUGAUUAUUCUCAAUCACAGCACUGUGAUACAUAUAACAUUACAGCUUUGAUAACAUAUCAAUUUCACAAUCCUUCUACAUUACUAUUAUACAUAUACAUACAUAUUUUGGGCAAUACUUACAUAUACAUAAAUGUUAUAUAUAUUUAACUACGCACUUUUACUAUUUUUCAUAAGCACGUGAUUCUGAACCAUUCAAUACCCACAUAUAUAGCACUAGUACGCGCAAAUACGUCCGUAAUAAACGAAGGAUGUAUGAUGUACACUUUUUUCGAUAGAAUUUCGAGUGGAUUGAAUUUGAAUGAAAAAUUCUAGAUAUUUUCUAUAUAUUAUCUAAAAAUGUAUAAAGAUGAAACUUAUAAAAGUAUGUUUUUCAUGAAAAAUUUAAAUUUAUUACUUUUUAACGGACUAAAAUGAAACUAGAAUGCAAUUAUAUCUUUUUAUUUAUCUCAGAUUACAAAUUACUUAUUUCUAAUGACCAUUGAACUUAUGAAACAAAGAAAUUUGUUAUUAUUUAUUGUUACUAUUCAUUUAUUCAUUUGUUGUUUAAUGUAUUUUUAAAAGAGCGCAAUUGAAUUUGUCUAAUCAAGGAAAUAAGUUAUAUAUAUUUGCAAGUAUUAUUCACUCGAAAUGUUUCUAAAAAUAUUUGACACACGUGCUGAGUGGUGCACUAAUAAGCAAUUAAAUGUACGAUAAUAGAAGCAUUAAUUACUGGCAAUCAUUGAAGCGUUUAUGGUGAUAUAUUACUUAGACGAGAAGCAAAGCCUGACGAUUGAGUUUGAAAAAUGCGCGAUACAGAUCGAUGAUUUAUGAUUCUAAUAGCGAUUUGUUCAAACGACAAUCGCGACUAGUCUUCAAUAGUAUUCUAUUUUCUAUAACGAAUUUCUCCUCGCAGUAUCACUUGUAUGCUCCAGCCGAAAUUUUAUCGUCUUAAUAUCAUUGUGUCCGACAUUAUAUUCGCUAUCUCCCCAUAGGUUUCCUAUUCUAUUUGUAUCGCACUAUUUGUUUAACCAAUAACGAUGUACGUAACAAUUACACUGCGCAUCAUCACUGAAAAGAGUUUAUUCUAAACUUAACUAAAAGCACAUUCGACAUUAUGUUUCAUUUCUUCUUAUGUUUCGUUUCUCUGGUUUUAUCUUGUCUCAAAUAUUUUCAAUUAAACUCAAGGUUAACAAAUUUAGAUGUUUUAUCAUAUAAAAGUUCCUAAAAAUUAAAAAACUCUAAUUAUCUUUUUUUUAAUUAAAAGAUUCAAUUUCAAUUAAAUCUCAAUUUUAAUUCAGAUUCAAUUAAAAAUGUUAUUUUUGAAACGCAAAAUGCUGAAAUACUUACUGAAUGACUUACUAUAAUAAAAAGUAUUGUCAUUGUUUGCUUUUGUCUUCCAAAUUUCCACAAUUGUAAAUCGUUAUCAUCCAAUCAAUAUGGUUAUAUAAAUUUGAUGAAUAUCGAAGAAACAAAUUACUUAUCUUAAAUUUGUAAUUUAUGAGAACAUAUGAGUCUAUUAUAUUAACGAUUCUAUUAAACUUCUAUCAUAUCUGUAUAUUUUUCAAGUAUUCUACGAGUCUUUUAUCUUAUUACAAAAGUGAUUAUAGAUAUCAAUCGGCAAAAAUAUCAAAAUUAUUAAUAGAUCUAAAUCAAACACACUUAAUUUGUCUGUAGCCUUUCCUCUUAAUCAGCAUAUUUUUUGAAACAAUAAGAUUCUUAUACUCAUUGAAAAAUUAGCGAAUAGAGCUCGCGAAUGUAUAAUGUAAUAAUAUCAACUUGGUGCUGUUUGUUCUUACACAUUUCUUACAUUAGUUUUUAUACACAUAUAUUAAGAAUAUUCUCUUAUCAGUCAAUGUGAUCGUAAGCACUUGUGCAUAUCCUGGAACUAUGAUAUUGGAUGGUUUGAAAUUUUUAUAUCUGUAUGUGUAUACACAUCUUUUGUUAACAUACGUAUGUAUUUUAAUUCUUAUUGAGAUAAUGAAGAUUAUUAGGAUUUCGGUAUAUUCGAAGAGAAUUCAUUGAUGAACAACAGAAAAGUUUAUUAAUUGGGCAUGCAAAGUGUCUUAUUCGUCUCUCCUCAUCGGUAGAACCGUCUUUGAAUCAGAGUAUUACCUCAUCAGUAGUAAAAUUUAUUCUUCUUUUGACUAAGGAAACGUAUAAUAUGUAUAAAUACAAAUGUAACAAUGUUGCGAGCGUAGAUAAAUUAGAUUUGAGUAUUUUUCAGUGAAGAGUAUUUAUCGAUGAUAACACUUAAUUUUUAUAUUUAACUCUUUGAUUGUGUAGAGAUAAAGUUUUUGUAAAUUUUGAAAUAUUUAUAGAUUACAUUAUUAUAUUUUUCAUGGUAUAAAUUUUUGAUCUUUUCCAUUGUUUGAAAAUGUUUUUGAAGAAAUGACUUUUCAAGAGGAAAACAGUGAAAUGUUCUGCGAUCAGAGAGUUAAGAAAAACUAAACAAACAAUACUGAAUCUUAAAAUGUACUACUUAUGGCUGUUAAAAAGAAAUGCGUUAAUCGAUUACAAAAUGAAUGAUUACAUAAUAUCAGAAUGCAAGAAAUUCAGACUAAAUCAAAUUUUAUAAAAGUUAGAUUACAAAAUGACGUUUCUAGUUUUUUGAUAAUCACAUUUCUACGUUUUUACACACACAGAGUGCAUUAUUGAAAUGGAAUUGUAUACAUAGUUACUAAGUGCAGAUAAACCUAGACUGAUUUAUAAAAUAAUCAAUUAUCAAAUUUGUGUCUAUUUUGUCGGUAAUAGAAUUAUGAGACAUUGAUCAAUUUAUCAAUUUGAAUAACUAAAAGAAGAAAACGUUGUGCUUCAUAGGUUGUUGAGGUCUCCAUUUACAAGCAAAAAUCGGAAUAUAUGGUUGUAUCGUUUGUUUAUAAACGCAUUCACUGCCAAAUAUUUAUUUAACUUUUGUUUCUUUAUACUGCUAAUGCAUAGAGAAGGUUAAAUAUUUGCAAUGCAAUAAAAAUAUACGUAUGAAACGUAUUAUGGAGAAAAGAUAGAUAAAUAAUUUGCAUCGUGGUGGGAAAAUCGUCUUGUAAAAACAUUGUUCAUAAACGGAUGUUUGAGUUAAGAAGAAACUCAAGAGAUUUUAUUGUAAAUGAUUUUUUGUUAAAUAAUAUUAUAUUAAUGCAAUAUUAUUGAAAUAAUAUUAAGUGAUAUUAUUUAGUAAUAUUAUAGUGAUAUAAUAUUAUGUUUUAUAAAUGUAUUGUAUAUACAUAUGUAGCAUAUUUGUGCGUAAUGUAUCAUGGAUUGUAUAAAGAGAAAGUUUUCGUAUUACUUUAAGUGAGCUUUAAGGAUCAGUUUAAUUUUGAUUGGUAAUGCAGUUUUCCAUAUGCUUCCAUAAUGAAAGUACCGAAAUCUUAUUUACUCACACGAAACUCCGCACGACAAGUGCCCUUAUUAAGUUAUUACAUCUUCAACUAUUUAUUAUUUAUAGUUAAAUUCUUACAUAGUCAGCAAUAAACUUGUCUGUUUAUUUUCAGAGUACGUGUUUUCUUGUUAUCUCAGUAAUUAUCCAGCAUGUUUGAAUCGUUUUGUUUAUUGCACGUAAAAUACAAAGAUUUUAUAUAUUUUUACAUUUUAUAUUUCUAUUGAAUUUUAUAUUAUUUACUCAUACUUAUAUCGUAUAGAUGGAGAAUGGUUAACAAACUAAAUGAAAGGAGGAAGAGAUAUUUUAUUGAGAGUAUUUAUCAAUCACUCAAAAUAUUUCUCGCAUUUUAAUUCUAAUCAAGAAGGUUGUAAUCAAAACGUCCAAUACUUACACUACUGAUAAACUAAUACAACGUAAUGUACAUUUGUAUAAAUCCUUCAAGUAUUCGUCAUUCGAUCUUUCCCACCAAUGUGCUUUGUAUGCGUAAGCUUUAACAGUGAAUGCGUGCACAAUUAUUAAUAUAAUAUUUUUAUCGCGCUUGAUAACUAACAGUGUAAUACAAUUAUGUGAUUAUAGCAUCUUUUUUUCUCUCUUUUUCUCCUUUUUUUUUUGUUAUCAGGAUCGAACGGAUAGGAUAUUUCAGAAUCUGUGAUCAAUAUAUAUCGACACGUAUAAGCAGCAUGAAAUUUGCGAUUAUACUAAGAUGCAAAUAUUUUUUAUACGAAUUGGUGUAUACGCUCAGACGGUAGCCGAUCGUAUUUAAUGUACCGAGAGACGAAAUUAGUGGUAGAACUUAGUACAUGGUUCGACAAAUUUUCCGAAUAUCAAAAUGUUCUAUGACAGUAAAUUGCAAGACUUUUAUGCAAUAUUUAUUGGAACGGUUGUUCGUUGUUAUUGGAGCUAAUUAUUCGUUCGAAUACGAAGUAAAUAUUAUACAUAAGAAUGGAACGUGAUUAACUUUAUUUCUCUAUUUCUUAUAGUCGAGUUUAAAUUUCUUGAAAAAUUGUUGGCAUCACAUAUUACGUACAAUGCGAAAACAUAACAUAAUUUUAUAAAAAGUGCGAUUCUGUAAUGAGGAAACAAUUCAACAUUUUCGGAGAUCAAUUAUUUUAUACGUUUACGUUAUCAUCUGACAACACAUCCGAUAUUUUGUCGUAACAUCUUAUACCAAUUUCACAAAUAGAUGAUACAUUGACUUUACGUGUUGAAAAGAAUCCGAUUUGCAGCGCGAGUUUUGCUUGAAUUUUAAAUGAAAUUCAAGCUGCAGCUCAGCAUUUAUAGCUGAUACAACUACUAAGUACAUACUUCAAAUGUCCAAUUUUACACCGUUCCCUCGAAAGAAAAUAAGUCUUCCUGUGUCUAUUCCUGCCACGCGUUGACUGCCCCGAAAAUAUUUUUUACCAAACCUUCAUGAAUUUUCAUCACAUUUGAAUGCUAAUGUAUACGAUUAUAACUGCAACAUUACUUUCAUGGUUAAUGAAAAUUUUUGAAACCUUUUAUUAACCGUAACAACUAAAUACCAUAUUGAUGCCAGUUAGCAUUAUCUGAUCGUAGCUAAUAACGAAAAAAGAAAUAUCGUAAUUAUCAAAUACGAUAAAAAUUGCAAUAAAAAUCACAUGGUAUGAAUAAAACUUUCAAUUCCUUAAGAUCAGAACGAUUUGUAUGGUAACCGAAUUAUAAUAAAUUAAAUUUUAUUAAAGAAUUUCGAAUAUACAAUAUGGAUUCGUAGACCUUUGGAAAUCUAGACGAUUAAGAAAUUUGAAAAAAAAAGAAAUAAUUAAACAAUAGUUAAUAGAAUCCGAGUUUGACAGAAAUUUUUCUUAUAGGCUUGCAUAUGGUAAUAAUAAUUAAUAUCGUAAUUUGAAUUGUUCUCUUUUAAACGAGAACAAAGUAUCAAAAUUAAUAAUAAACCCAAGACUACAGUAUAUUGAGAAAGAAAAAUCUUAAACAAUUUACUAUGUAAUUCGUAGUCUAUUUAUAAUUACUAGCAGAAUAAUGAACAUGGAACAUGUUUUCUUUGUUUUUCAUGCGACUAAUUUAUCGAUCACCGUAGAAUUCCUUGGUUACGAUAACAAUAUAUAAAAAACUGUAUUGUAUCAUUCAAUUUCCUCCGUUUCUUUUGCAAUGGUUUUGAUACCAAAUGUUAUAGCCCGUAAUUUAUAAAUACGUAUACUUCUAUUUAUAUAAGCAUCUCCUUUAUAUACAUAUAAAUACAUAUAUUGAAUAUAUGUGUGUGUAUAUAUAUAUAUGCGUUAUAUGAUAUGUACAUACAUAUAUUUGCAACGCGACGAUACGCGGACCGUCGGCGAUCUUUGUAAUAUUAUAAUAUAUAUGUAUAUGUGACACUCUGAUUAAUAUGUAUAAUAUAAGGGAUGUAUCGGUAUUGCUGUGAGACUGUUCCAGCAACACACGAACGCCCAUAUAAUAAAUAUUAACGUAUCGACGUUCGUUAUUCUUUGUAAGCCUUCUUUCUUGUAAAACGUACAAGUUGUCUUAUGUAGGAGAGCAAGAAAAUAAAGUCGAUUGUCACGAAA